UUGCAUCUAUUUCUGUGGGUGUCAUUCUCUUUAACACAGGAGCCAUUGUGCAGGCAGUUAGGAGAUCCUGAAAUCCCUCAGCUGUCCAAAGAUGGGGAUAUUAUUCUAGGGGGAAUCUUCUAUUUUCACAGUAGCUGGAAGAACAGAGAAAAUACUUAUUCACAAAAACCACUACCACUGGAAUGCAUCAGUUUAAAUUUUAGAGAGUUCCAGUUUGCUCAAGCUAUGCUUUUUGCCAUUGAGGAAGUUAAUAACAGUACAAACAUACUUCCUGGGAUUUCUCUGGGCUAUAAAAUCUAUGACACUUGUGGUUCAAUUACCAGAAGCAUAAAAGUUGCUCUUGCUUUGAACAAUGGCAAUGAAAAUUUAUCUUUAACCUCUGAAGCACAAUGUUUCAGGCCUGUACAAGUGCAGGCUGUAAUUGGAGAAACCUCCUCUUCUCCUAGCACUGCAGUAGCUACUGUCAUUGGAGCAUUUCAUAUACCAAUGAUCAGCCACUUUGCCACAUGUGCUUGUCUCAGUGAAAAAACCAAGUAUCCAUCUUUUCUCAGAACUGUACCCAGUGACUACUAUCAGAGCAGAGCUCUGGCUCAUUUGGUCAAACAAUUUGGUUGGACUUGGGUUGGAGCUGUUAGAACCAAUGAUGAUUAUGGCAAUAAUGGCAUGGCUACAUUCACUAAAACUGCCGAACAGUUGGGUAUUUGUCUUGAAUAUUCUGUUUCUUUCUUUAGAACAGAUCCUUCAGAUAAAAUACAAAAGAUAAUUAAAACAGUCAAGGAGUCCACUGCAAAGGUGAUUGUUGCUUUUCUCUCCCACCGAGACAUGGAAGUACUUAUACAUGAGCUAUCCAACCACAACUUGACUGGGUAUCAGUGGGUCGGCAGUGAGUCUUGGAUCUCUGAUUCACAGAUUGCAGCAAUGGAUAAAAAGCACAUACUGGACGGAGCAAUAGGCCUUUCCAUUCCCAAAGCACACGUCAGUGGUCUUAAAGAGUUCAUACUUGAUAUAAAACCCCUCAUUUUGUCCAAUAAUAAGUUGUUUACAGAGUUCUGGGAAGUAUUAUUUCGCUGCAAGUUUAAGCAGGCCGAAACUACAGAAAUUCAGAAAGAGUGUACAGGAUAUGAAGAUCUAACAGGAGUGGAAAACAGCUUCACUGACAUGUCACUCAUGCCUAUUUUUAACAAUGUUUAUAAAGGAGUGUAUGCAGUGGCUCAUGCUCUCCAUAAUAUUCUCAGCUGUAAUAAAACAUGUAACAGUAAUGUGCAGCUAGAUCCAUAUACGAUUUUACAGCACAUUCAAAAAAUUCACUUCAAAACAAAAGAAGAAGAUGAAGUUUACUUUAAUGAGAACGGAGAUCCAGCUGCAAAGUAUGAAAUUAUAAACUGGCAGCCAAGAGACAAUGGCAUUGUGGGCUUUGUUACAGUUGGUCUUUAUGAUGCAUCAUUUCCUGCAGACAAACAGCUAAACCUUGAAAAUAAAACAAUAAUUUGGACACACAGCUCACCACAGUUGCCUGUGUCAGUUUGCAGUGAAAAAUGUCCCCCAGGGACACAUAAGGUUCUCCAGAAAGGAAAGCCUGUGUGCUGCUAUGACUGUAUAACGUGUGCAGAAGGAGAAAUGAGCAACAUCACAGAUGCUGUAUCUUGUGUGAAGUGCCCCCCUGAAUCUUGGCCAAAUGUGAGAAGAGAUGCUUGUAUAAAGAAGGAGUCUGAGUUUCUGUCAUUUGAAGAAAUUAUGGGAAUAUUGAUUACUUCUGCAGCUUUAUUUGGAACUUGCCUGACUGCAGCUGUAGCGUUAAUUUUCUUUAGACACAGAAAAACUCCUCUUGUAAGGGCAAACAACUCUGAGCUGAGCUUUCUCCUCCUUUUCGCCUUGACCCUAUGUUUUCUCUGCUCUCUGACCUUUAUUGGACGGCCCUCUGAGUGGUCCUGCAUGCUGCGGCACACAGCAUUUGGUAUCACCUUUGUCCUCUGUAUUUCCUGUGUCCUGGGAAAAACAAUGGUGGUUUUGAUAGCAUUUAAAGCUACACUUCCAGGCAGAAAUGUGAUGAAAUGGUUCGGACCUACACAGCAGAGGCUCAGCGUUGUGGGUUUUACUCUUGUACAAGUGAUCAUAUGUAUUCUCUGGUUGACAAUCUCUCCUCCUUUUCCAUCAGAGAAUUUUAAACAAUUUAAAGACAAAAUCAUUUUGGAGUGUUCUCUGGGGUCAUCUGUGGGUUUCUGGUCUGUGCUCGGGUACAUAGGAAUUCUUGCCUUGUUGUGUUUUAUUUUCGCUUUUUUAGCACGUAAAUUGCCUGAUAAUUUUAACGAAGCCAAGUUUAUAACAUUUAGCAUGCUGAUAUUCUGUGCUGUUUGGAUCGCUUUUAUCCCAGCCUAUGUCAGCUCUCCUGGAAAAUUUAGUGUAGCUGUAGAAAUCUUUGCUAUUCUUGCUUCCAGCUUUGGAUUGCUUAUUUGUAUCUUCAUUCCAAAAUGCUACGUCAUGUUACUGAAACCAGAGAAAAAUACGAAAAAGAAUAUGAUGGGUAAGAGGGCUCCGAAAUCAUCCUGA